AUGACGACAAGUAGUGCUCUCGACGACAGGCAGUCCUCUAGCGGCAGACAGGGCACCGGUGGUCAGUCCCCCCACCUCCGGCAGUGCUCUCGACGGCUCGGAUACUACGGUCAACAAGCAUUUACCAUAGAUGGGUUUCAAAAUUGGAAAAAAGUAGGUGGGAAAAAAUGUGGCUUCUUGAUGCAUAUGGGAACCGAAUGUACAUCUUUCCACAAUGUUGCACAAAAGGGAUGGGAUCAUUUAUUUAAUGAGGCGCAAGAUAUACGAAAUGUAUUUGACAAGUUCACAACUGAAGAGCGUGAGAAAAACAGAAUGAGACUGACGACUUCUAUUUAUUGCGUUCGUUGGUGUGCCUUUCAAGCAGUUGCAUUUAGAGGCUACACCGAGAAGUCAUAUUCCAUUAACAAAGGGAAUUUUCUUGAAAUGUUGGAGGCACUUAGUGAGUUUAGCACCGAGCUUAAAGAGUUAUUUUAUCGUGUUCCCAGAUAUGCAUCAUAUACAUCACCGUUGAUUCAAAAGGAAAUUUUGAAUCUUAUAUCAAAUAAGGUAAGACAAAUGAUUUAUGAGGAGAUUGGUGGUCGAAGAGCAUUUUUUGGACUUGUUCAUGUAUGUGACACUACAUCACAAACACUUAAGGACGGAAUCUAUUCUCUUUUGUCACAUUACAACCUUGAUGUCAAGUCUAUUCGUGAACAAGGGUAUGAUGGUGCAAGCAAUAUGCAAGGUCAGUUCAAAGAUUUGCAAGCCUUGAUUUUAGAAGAUUGUAAAUACGCAUAUUAUGUUCGAUGUCUUGCUCAUCGGUUGCAAUUGGCAUUAAUGGUCGCCUCUCAAAGAGUUGUAGCACUGUGUAAGUUUUUUAUAACGUUGUCUUUUGUUGUCAAUGUUGUUAGUGCUUCCUCCAAAUGUGCCGACCAACUACGAAAUGCACAAGUCGAGAAAAUUGCACACUUGAUUUAUGUUGAUGAAUUGGAGACCGGUAGAGGUCUCAAUCAAAUUGGUACAUUACAGCAAGCCGGAGAUACUAGAUGGAGUUCUCAUCUCAGAUCAAUUUCUAGCAUAAUCAAGAUGUUCAGUCCAACUAGUGAGGUUUUGCUCAAAAAUUUUGAGGAAAGAACUGGGCCAAUCAAAAGAGAUGCAGAUUCGGCAUAUGAGGCUAUGACGACAUUUGAGUUCAUAUUUGUCUUGCAUCUCGAAAGAGAAAUAAUGGAGUAUUGGGUCUGA